AUGUCCGACCUGAGGGCCUGGAAGUCCAGGCUUGCUGCGGCCCUCGAGGAUGGCAUGACCCCGCUCACCUUCGCGCUCUGGCUGAUAGAUGCUAUGUUCACACACCCUGGCAGGCUGGGCAGGUUCUGUCGGGGUUUUCUUCACCACGCGCAUUCACCGCAGCAGCAGGGGCAGAGGUUUCGUGAUGUGCUGCCUCUUGCUGCUCCAUCAUUGGACAGUGCCAGGGCCUGGAAGGUUACAUCGAGGGGGUCAGCGGCGGGGACCUCGAGUGAGCCUGGGCCCGAUUUUGAUGGGCCUUCUGCUUGCGCUGUCGCUGCCGAACUGUGGGUCUUCAUCCAGGUUAUGCUCACGAACUACCAGUAUGCGGGCACGUGCGGGGAGGAGGCGUGGGGCCACCACUCGCACUACUCCGCCGCUCAGGUCAACGCCGUCGAGGUCACGAGGGAGGCUGUCUCGUAUUUCCUCGGGGGCGACCUUGGCAGGGUUCAGCUGCCCCUCCUUAGUGAGAUCUCGACGCGGGCGUCCAGCGCUUACGACAUCGACAGUGGCACGCGUGCGCUGCCCCUUAGGCUGGGAGAACUACGACCUGGCCUACCAGCAGCUGAUGUCGCUGGCCGGCUGGACCCUCGUGCUCAUGUCAGCCCUGAGGUGCUCACCUGGUUGGACGACCCGUCGGUGGCCCUCCUGCCACGUGCCCAGUGGCCUUCUGAGGUUCCGAAGGCGAGGCUGCUGGUCGACUCGCCUGCGGAGUGGGCGAGGAUCGUUGGCCACUUGUACUCGCUCGGGAUCGUGGAGGCCAUAGAGGACGAGCAGAUCUUUCGGGCGGACGGCGUCCCCGUGCUCAACGGCGCCUUCGCAGUUGAGAAAAGGGGCGUGCCCGAGGCUGGUGAGCAGAGGCAGUGCCGCUUCAUCAUGAACAUGGUGCCAGCGAAUAGCUACCUCAAGAUCAUGACCCAGGACCUGUCGACGCUGACGGCCUCGACCUCUUGGGUUACGGUGGUGUUGGAGGGCCAGCGCGUCUUGCUCUGGUCGGGUGACGACCAGCAGGGCGCCUUCUUUGUCUGGAAGAUCCCGCGGGCCUGGCGCAGCUUCACGACGUUGAAGGGCCGCGUCCCCGGCCGCCUCGUGGGCCGCCCAGAUCUGAAGACGGCGCAUGUGUGCUCAGCCGUUAUACCGAUGGGCUGGCUGCUGGCCGUCACGUUAUUCCAACACCUUCAUAGACGCCUGGGCCUGCGCCCUCCCCCCGCUGGAGCGGGCCUGCCUGAGAUUGAUGAGUGGAGGAGGGACAAGCCGCUCCCCAUUGCUCAGGUGGGCGGUUGCAGGUCUUGGUACCAGUUCUUCAUCGACGACUUCGAUGCCCCCAGGAUCGUGAACGACACCGAGGGGGAGGUCGGCGUCGGCUCUGCUUACCAGAAGCGUCAGAGGGCUUCCUACCAGCGCAACGGCGUGGCCUGGGCCGAACGCAAGGCCCACCUCGGGGAGACGAAGGUCGAGAGGAUGGGCGUGCUCGUGGAUGGUCUGCGCGGGCGCGUCUCGGUACCUCUCAUGAAGCUCUUCGAGACCAUGCUCUUGGGGGCCCUGCUGGUGACCAAGGACUGGGUCUACUGGAAGACCAUGCUCGUGCUCCUGGGCAAGCUCGUCAGGGCUUUGGAGUUCAGGCGCGUCCUCUUUUGCAUCCUCAACGAGGUCUGGAAGUUCGCGGAUGGCACUCACUCUGGCUGGGUCAACUCGGAGAUGACCGAGGAGAUCCUCAGCGGCGUGGGCCUCCUCCCGCUUGCCUUCACGGACCUUCGCGCGGAGGUCGAUGCGAGGGUUACCUGCUCUGACGCCUCGGAGGAUGGUGGAGGCGCCCGCACGUCACUGAGGCUGUGCCCCGAGGCCCUCUCGAAGCUGACGGCUGCUGCCGCUGCAGGCCAGGAGGGCAGGCAACACCUCAUGGCGGGCCGCCUGCUGCUGGGCGAGGCGUCGCUUUGGCGAGCGUGGGAGUCGAGGAACCCUGGUUUGCCGCCCCCUGCUGGUGAUAAGAUACCUGCUGUCCUGGUCAUAGGGCUGUUCGACGGCAUCGGGGGCAUGAUCGUCUCGCUCUCAAGGCUCCGCACGAAAAUCAUUGGCUACGUCUCGUCGGAGGUUGACCCCAGCGCGCGCAGGGUCGUCAGGAAGAGGUGGCCCGGCCUCAUCGACUGGGGGAACAUCCAAGACGUUGGGACUCAGCACAUUGACAAGCUGGUCCAGCUCUUCGGCGGGAUCGUCGACGUGGUCUACUGUGGCGCCGGCAGUCCAUGCCAAGACCUGUCGAGGCUGAUGUUCGGCAGGAGGGGGCUCGAGGGCCAGAAGAGCGCUCUCUUUCGCGAGAUACCGCGAAUCCUGGGGCUGCUGAACGCCGCGUUCCCUGGGAAGGUCCGCUCCCUCGUCGAGAACGUCGCCUCCAUGCCAUUCGAGGACAUCGAGCGCAUCUCUAGCGAGCUCCAGGUCACGCCCUGCCGGUUCUGCAGCAGCUGCCUGGUCCCCAACAGAAGGCCGCGGUUGUACUGGCUCUCGUGGCGUUUGCUGCCGUGCAAGGGCUAUAGCUACAAGGACAGGGGGCACUUCGUCGAGGUCAUCUCCGACGGCGCGGCGCGCGUGGAGCUGCCCUGGACCUCCCCUGGCUGGAUUUGGAAUGGUGGCCCGCUGCCUGUGCCGACGUUAGUCUGUGCUAGGCCCUCUUUGUUACAGCCUACUCGACCUGCUGGAAUUGCUCGGGCCAGCCCCGAGGCGAAGGCUCGUUGGAAAAAGGACGAUCAUCGUUACCACGUCGGCCUUUACGAGAACGCCUGCCUACUCCAGCAUGAGGCCACCAUGGAGCUCCGCCCCCCGUCGGCAGAAGAGAGAGAGGUCCUCUUGGGGUUCGAUCGAGGAUACACCGAGUGUGCCGUAAAAGACGGGUCUGGCUCGAGCCUCGAGACCACGCGCUGCUUCCUGCUUGGGAAUAGCUUCUCAGUCUAUGCGGUCUCAUGGCUGCUGCAGCACUCCCUGGUCGCCGACGAGUUCCAGCCACAGCUGUGGGAGCCCCAUGCCCUGUGCCACACGGGCAAGUGCAGGGCCCCGUGGAACGACAGCGCGGUGUACCACCAGGGCGACGACUACCAGUACGAGCCCGAGGCGGAGCAGCUCGUGCGGCACUACCUGUCUAUCGCGGAGAGAGGGGGCACGGACGUGCGCUUGGACGUGCACCUCCCGUUCCGGCACCGCGCGUGGCCGCGCGUGUCGCUCGAGCCCAGCGUCUGGACGUGGAAGGUGAUCUCAAGUUACCGGUGGCGUGCUGGGAUCGGGAAGCACAUCAACGCCCUCGAGAUCCAGGCGGCCGUGAACACCAUCAAGUGGAGGCUGCGGUCGGGCACGGGCCGCCCCAGGCGCAUGCUACACCUGAUCGACAGCCAGGUCGCCGCUUCGGUGCUGACGAAGGGCCGCAGCAGCAGCAGGGUCCUGCGGAUGCACGUCAAGCGCUGGGGGGCCUUGUGCUGGGCGACAGGCUGCUACGUCAUGCUUGGCUACAUCGCGCUCCAGCGGUUGCGAGGCUCCCAGAGGCUCUCUGAUCUCAGGGCCAGCGCGGUCACGCUCAAGAGGUACCGUAUCGCCGUCGCGGAGUUCCUCGCCUUCGCCAUCGAGGGUGGCUUCCCGCUGAACAGCUCGGCCGAGGCAGACAGCGCGCUGGGCGCCUACGUCGAGGACCAGUGGGCGAACGAGGGCACGCUCAGCCAUGGGCGCUAUGCGCUCGCCGGUUGCCUCUUCUUCGCCCCCGAGCUCCGCACGGCCCUGCCCUUUGCGUGGUCCCUGGUCAAGACGUGGCAGAAGCUGGCGCCCAUCAAUCGCGCCUAUCCGGCCAGCCCCGAGAUGGCGCUCGGGCUUGCAGGCGCUGCAGUCUCGGUUGGCCAGCCCCUGUUGGCUGCCCUGGUCCUCGUCACGUUUGAUGCGAUGCUUCGGACCAAGGAGCUGCGUGAUCUUACAUAUGAUGAUAUCACGUUCGCCGAGGGCGGCGUCAUACUGCGCCUGUCGGAGACGAAGAUGGGCGUCAGGACCGGCAAUGUGCAGUUCGUCGUGGUGCGAACGCCCGCCGCAGUCAACUUGCUGCGGGUUGCUGCGGAGCGCGCCCAGCCGACGGACCACCUGUGCCCGUACACGUACGUGCAGCUCCAGCGGCUCCUGAAGUCGCUCCUCGCUGUCGCCUCGAUCCCGCCUGCGCGCUGGUCCUGGUACAGCUUCAGGUCUGCAGGUGAUUUCGGGACGCGCACCGGCGGGGGCCUGGUCAAGGCGGUGCUCGAUCAGGAGGGAAUGGAGGAGCACCUCACCAGCGACACGGAGGUCGCGGACGACGACGCCGACCUCGAGGAGCUGAGGCACCAGACCAGCCUCCGCGGUCGCGCCGGAGCCACUGUGGCCUUCACGGCCGCGGCGGGCUCCCCGCGGGCCCCAGGCGAGUGGGAGGUCACGCCCGUGCUGCUGCCCGAGGCCAACAGCUGGGGCCAGGUGGAGGGGCCCGGCGCUUACGUCUCAGGCGAGGGCGGCGGCCAGACUCUUGGCGGCCGAUCGCCCGGCCUGGCAGGCGGCGUGCCCUCUGGCCCGCGUGGGGCAGCACGCCCUUCGUCGACCGCCGCCCCGGUGCGCAACGACUUGCCGCUGGUGGGCGUCCUGAGCUUCUUAGACACGCCGGUACGACGGCGGUGGUUCGUCGCGACGUUGGACGGCGACGUGAGGGUGUUCCGUGCGCAGAUCGCCGGCGCCACGCGCACCCCGGGCUCGGACGUCGUCCUGGGCUUCAAGAGCGAGGUGAUGGUCGAUGGGCGUUCGCUUCGGGACUACGGCAUUGUCGGCGAGUCUGAGAUCGUCGCUACCCGCAAGAUCCGUGGGGGCGGCGAUUCGGGCGGAGGUUCAGAGAACGGACAGUCCUUCGGCUGGAGCUGCAGGCGGUGUUUGACUCCCAACAGAUGCGGACUUGAAUGUGCGAUGUGUGGGACACCCAACCCGAACCUGCCCAGCGGCGACUGCUUGAGCGACGGCCUGAGCGACUCAGAUGACGACCUUGGGAGCGCGGUCGGGUGCGGCGACGAUCCCAACCCCGACGUCAUGGAGCCGCCGGUCGCAGCGGACCUCCAGGGGCCCAGCUUUGCAGCGGUUCUCGACCAGCACGGCGUGCUCUGGGCCGCACCCCUUGGCGAGGUCAUCGGCGCCGGGGACGAGGCGGUCACGGCGGCGCCAGACUCGGCCCCAGCUCCGCCUGUCGGCGCUCUCGGCGCCCACGGCGGCGACGCCCUGCCGGCUCCGCUCGGCGAGGACAGCCUCGGUCAGGUCGCGGAAGCCGCGGGCGCCGUGGUCUUCGAGGGGGACCCUGGCCUGGCGCUGAACGGCCACCCGGCGCCGCCGCCCAGGCCCCAGCAGCUGAUGGUGCACGUGUCACAGCUGAUGGAGGACUCCGAGUCGGACUCCGACUGCCACGCGGGCGCCCCUCCCGGCCUGGGAGGUCCGGCGGCGCCGGCCGAGAGCCCGGCGGGCUCCGCGCCCAGCGAGCAGGCGGGGCAGCCGGCUUCGCCUAGCGGCCAGCCCGAGCAGCCCGGCAUCCUCGGCGUCAGCCCGGACGCCAGCGUUUCGGUCGCGCAGGAGGUGCAGCGCCGACAGCAGCUCCUCACGGCCGUCACCAACAUGGGCAAGAAGGGCAGCAAGUGCGAGGUGCGCCCGAACGCCAGGAGGGACGAGCAGGUGCUGGACGGCAGGCCAGGGGUGGUUCUGAGGUAUCCUGGGGACACUGCUUCGGCUGCGUAUGUGGACAACUUUCUCACCUUGGGGCAGGAUCCUGGGGCAGUGGCCAGUCGUCUCUACAAUGUCGUCAAGCUGUUGCGGGGGCUGGGCCUGGUCGUGCACGAGCUUGAGGGGGCCAGCAGGGACCGUGAGUUCUUGGGGAUGUCGCUUCGAGACGGUCGAUAUCUCUCGGUCAAGAGUCGAAACGUCUGGAGGCUUCGCUACGCCUUGGACGACUUGCUGGCCCGUCCGAGGGUGAGCGGGCAUCUUUUGCGGGUUGUCGCCGGUCACAUCACUUGGACGAGCUUGGUCCGCCGCGAGUGUCUGUCUCUGCUGCACGCCACGUACGCCUUCAUUCAGGCCGCGGGGUCGUCCCCGCGUCCUCUGUGGUCUGCGGUGAGACAGGAGCUCGAGAGUGUCCGCAACCUGCUGCCCUUGCUGUGCGUUGACCUCCAGGCAGAAUGGCAUCCCUACGUUGCCUGCACAGAUGCGUCUCCGUUCGGUCUUGGGGUUGUUCGCCGCAAGUUGAGCCGGGUCCAGGUCCAGGAGCUAGGCCGUCAGAAGGAGAAGUUCCGAUUCAAGACCGAAGGAGGAGCCCAGGCCCGUCACCGGGCCUUGGAGGCUGUGGGGGUGGAUGAGGAGACCGCGAUGAUCCUGGAGCAUGAGGAAGGGCCCCUGUGGGCCUGUGACGCCAGACCACCAGACGAAGAGGCCCUGGAGGUGACGGAGUUCUCGGAGGGCCGCUGGGCAACUUCGUGCCCGUGGCUGCUGCGGUUGGCCACAGUCCGAUGGAUGCUGGUGCCGCCGAGCGCGCCGGAGGCGCAGACUGCCCGAGCGGCUCGCGGGGCUCCGGCGGCCCCUCGCUCGCCGCGCCACCGGGGCUGGGCCUCUGCGGUGGGAGUGGGCGCGCUGCUGGUGGGUUGCUUCCUCCUGCCGCACCGACUGGGCGAGAGCGGCAGCAUGGGGUGGCGGCUCUGGGCGACGCUCAGCCUGGUCAUGCCCUUCCUUCUCCAGGCCGCGCCCCUGACCCUGCCGCCGAUCAAGCGGUCGGGGCUCGCACGGGCACGCCUCGGAUGCAGCAGGGGCACAAGGCGCCGCCGUGGCCCCAGCCCCGCCCGGCCGUCAGCGUCGGCGGGGCAGGCGUACCACCAGUGGGCGCUCUUGCCGCAGGACAUGACCGGUCAGCUCCCGAUCAAGGCGGCCCUCUGCAGGGAGACGCCGACCCUCGGCCGCGCGGGCCGUAUCCGCCCGCGCCCGGAGGCUCCGCCGUCGACCACACCGGCCGAGGCGGCAUCGGUGUACCCUGUCAGCGGCGUGUACAUCAUGUUCUUCGCCCAGCCGACCGAGCAGUGGCCGCCAGGCCGCCGGCAGCCCCAGCAGCCCCCUCUUCACCAACGAGGGGCUGUGCGGGCCAUCACCCGCGACCGCUGCCGGGCAAGGCGGAUGCCGUGCCAUGGCCAGAGCUGCCACUUGAGCCGCGUGAAGCCGCAGGCGAGGAAGUCGAGGCUGCCCACCGCCCUGCACUGGCCGCCGGCCGUCACUCUCUCGUCCGACUCGCCUGUCGGAGCGAGAUUCGCGAUGGAGAGCGAGGGCGACCUCGACGGCCGGCCGCAUCCGCUGCGCUCCCAGCCGCCCGCCGCCCUGGCCGGCCUGUCCGGCGACCUGCCCAGCCUGGCGGCCGUCGGCGAGGGGCGGCUGCACAGGCGCUUCGUUUUCGUCGAGCUGUUCUGUGGCGCGGGCUGCAUCACGGCGUCGUUGAAGGCGGAUGGCUUCUCCGCAAUCGGCUUCGACAUCGGGCGGGGCGCUCAUGAGAAUCACUUGGUGCAUGAGUUUUUUGAGGUGCUUCAGGGGUGGAUCACUUCAGGCUGCAUAGCCGGCAUCUGGCUUGGUACGCCUUGUACGACCUGGAGUCAGGCCCUUCGCCGACCUCUGCGCUCACGGCGACAUCCCAUGGGGUUGCCAGGGCUCUCGGUCGGCGAGCAAGCGAGGCUGGAGGUGGGCAAUUUGACCUUCAAGUUUAGCUGUAAGGUCAUCCGCUUAGCCGUGAAGUGGAACAUCGCCGUGUAUCUUGAGAAUCCAGCGGGCUCGUUGAUGUGGCACGCUCCCGAGCUGGCCCGGCUUUUGCAUGCGCCGUGCGCUCAGAAGAUCCAGUUGCACAUGUGCCAGUUCGGGGCGCCGUGGCGGAAGUGCCCAGGAGGCAAGCACGAGAGGGAUCACGGCCAUCCAUCGCGCAACUACAAGCAGGGCAAGUGCAGGCGCGCUAACUCCCACGCGCAGCCCAGGAAACCGCUGGCACGGCGCGACGCCCAACACAACUACAGGGCGGUGCUAAUCGUGCAGCUGCUGAUGAGGUGCAACUCGCAGUCGGCUAAUUUUGCGGCGCCUCUGGGGCCCCUGCGGGGCGCCCCGAGAAACGCGCCGCACCCGCGAGUGCCCGACCACGCACCGGCGCGCGCCAUGCAGCCCAUCGUGCGCGGCGACGACUUCUCGACGACCGACGCCAGCGCGGGCCCUGGAGCAGCGCGACUUCGGGGCGCUGGGGAGGCCCCCGCGGACGGAGGCCCGCCCUCUGGGCUUCAAGCGAUCCCAGAGGAGUCGGCCCACAGCGACGCGCCAACCGCUGACGCCGAGCAGCAUCUGGAGAUCUCCCAGCAGAGGCAGGUCAUCCACGAGGCCUGCCACUGCCACCGCUGGGAGGUAGGCGCGGGCGAGCGCGGGCAGAUGAACGAGGACGAGCACCUCGACGAGACCUGCUGCGUCUUGGGGGUGAUAGAGGCCAAGUUCUCGCACGCCAGCAGCUGUGUCGAGUACACCGAGGUGAAGCAGACCAAGCGCGUGACUUCGUGGAUGAUCCGGAUCUUCUUCUCGUGCACAGUCGCAUUCUCCAUCCCGGUGACCUCGUUGAUUUCAGUGGAGGCGUUCUGGAAGGGCGCGAUCAUGGGCGCCGGGCCCUGCAUCUUCACGAAGGUCGUCUGCGCGAUCUUCAUGGGGCCCUCCAGGUCUGUGUGCAGCAUCCGCGGCGAGGACGAAAAGGCCGGAGUAGAGGCAGACGGAAUGGGAACGUGGUGGCCCCAUCCAAGCAGAUGGCGAAGCAGUAGAGCUGAGCGAAACCAGCGAGGUACUCAUGCCGCGUGUCAGGCAAGCUCCCUGCAGGGCCACAUGCAAUCGAAGCAGCAUAAUAUU